AAAUCAGUCUGACCACAUCUUGAUUUACUGUCGCAUUGCUAGUCAAUCAAUCAGACUACAUAAGCAAGGGUCAAGAUGUGGUGUGAUUGGUUGUUCUUGGGUAUAAAAGGAAUUGUCAAACAUUGUUCUGGGGAUUACUCAUCUCCUGAGGUCUUCUACUUAGCUCUGGCUUGUUUUACUCCUCCUUCCUCUCCUCUGCUUUCUCUCUGAUUUACAACAAUCAUGGUCCAUGAAACAUCGUCACGUUUUGGAGCACUGCUAGUUCUUCUGGUGACCCUGGCAGAGGUAUGGCAGAGGGGCAGAAACUCAGCAGGGCAGAAACAUACAUAAUGGCUGGAUCGAAUGGACACAAUGGGACGAGAAAAGCAGGCUUGAAUGAUACAGCAGAGCACCAUACUUCCAACCACAGAAUCUCAGGGAUGACCCGUGUCACUUCCAGCAUGAGAAACAAGUGUGCUGCCUAUGUGCUGGCCCUGCGACCUUGGAGUUUCAGUUCCUCACUUACCCCGGUGGCACUGGGCAGUGCCCUGGCCUACAAGCUAGAUGGCUCUGUUGACUUGGUGAUCCUGAUGGUGUGUGCUUUGGCGGUGUUAGUAGUGCAUGGUGCAGGGAACCUGGUAAACACAUACUAUGACUUCUCCAAAGGGAUUGACCACAAGAAGAGCGAUGAUCGGACUCUGGUGGAUGAAAUUCUGGCCCCACAGGAUGUAGUCAUGUUUGGAGCUGUGCUGUACUCGGUGGGGUGCUUGUGUGCCACUCUGCUGUACUUUCUCUCUACUUUGCGUCUGGAGCAUCUAGCGCUCAUCUACUUUGGAGGGCUCUCCAGCUCUUUCCUUUACACAGGAGGCAUCGGUCUAAAGUAUGUGGCCCUCGGAGACAUUGUGAUCCUGAUUACGUUUGGCCCGCUGGCGGUCAUGUUUGCCCACGCUGUGCAGGUGGGCUAUCUGUCGGUCCUGCCACUGGUCUAUGCCGUCCCUCUGGCUCUCAACACUGAGGCUAUCCUUCACAGCAACAACACUAGAGACAUGGACUCUGAUAAACAAGCAGGCAUUGUCACACUGGCCAUCCUCAUUGGCCCCACACUCUCCUACAUACUGUACAACCUUUUGCUGUUUGUCCCUUACGUGCUCUUUUGCAUUCUGGCCACGCGCUACACCAUCAGCAUGGCCCUGCCUCUGCUCACUCUGCCCAUGGCCUUCCCCCUGGAGAGGCAGUUCCGCAGCCAAUGCUAUUCCAAGAUACCACAGAAGACAGCCAAGCUCAAUCUCCUAAUGGGACUUUUCUAUGUCUUUGGGAUUAUUCUAGCACCUCAAGGCAGUUUACCUUUACUGUGAUAUAUUUAUUGUUUGGGAGAGGGGCUGUUUUUGUUUUAAUAAAGACUAGUUUAUGUAUGUCUUUAUACUUGUAAUGAUUUACUAAAA